GCAUUUUUUAGCAUCUGGGACAGAGUAGGAGGCAGUUCACUCUGGGCACGCUAUUCAUCCAAAAGUGAAAAUGCUGUCCCCUAUCCCAAAAAAGUUAAAAGAUUUUCAGUCUAGAGCACCAAUAAAAGAGAUUUCAAAAUGGGAGAAGUUGGGAGCAAUAUAUAGAAAUGAUAUUUGGUAUCAUGAUAAGUUGCCCAUAUUACCUAAGUCAUUGUUUAGAUAUGCAGCAAUAUUGAUACAUGGGCAGAGCGAUGGUGGAGGGAUGGUGGGAUGGUGGAGAUAAUAAGGAAGCACUUCAUAGCAUACGGGAUCACAAAUUACUUAAAUGUGUUAUUUGUGCACAGAAUAUUCACCAGGGUAGACAGAAAGUACCACAGGGAGAAUAUCCCCAGGCGAAAUAUCCUUUCCAACAACUAGAAAUAGAUUUUCUAGAACUCACUAAAAGUGAAGGAAAGAAGUGGUGUCUAACUAUCAUAGAUAAAUAUACUAAAUGGGUGGAAGCUUUUCCCACCUCCUCUGCAGAUGCAAUAAGAGUGGCUAAGGCAUUAUGCCAAGAUAUUAUUCCUAGAUUUGGUCUAGCAGAAACCAUUUAUUCAGACAGUGGGUCUCGUUUUUCUAAUCAAAUUAUAGACAACAUUGGACAGAAAUUAGGUAUAAAUAUGAAGAAACAUUGUUCCUAUCAUCUGCGAUCAGCAGGUCUGAUAGAGCGCAUGAAAAAAAGCAGGUUAAGAAAGACUCACAUGAGCACAGGUAGAAAUUGGGUGUAGUGCUUACCCAUAGUGUUAAUGACCAUAAGGAUAACCCCUGAUAAAGAUUGAUUAUCUCCAUUCGAGAAAGUGUUCGGGAGGCCUUAUAGGAUGCCCGAGUCAGGAGAGCCCGAACAGGGUUAUGCUGAAUCAGAAAAUACCAUUACAGAACACAUGAGGAAAUUGUUUAGUAACCACACCCGUAUGUCAAAGAUUCUAUGCCCAACAGGAGAGUUGCAGAGUAAGGUGACACACAAGAUCCAACCAGGAGAUUGGGUCUGGGUCCAAUGCCUCAAGAAAAAAGACUGGAAACAGCCACGGUGGGAAGGACCAUACCAGUUGCUACUUGUGAAAGCCUUUGCAGUACGAAUAGCGGAAAGAGCCACCUGGGUCCAUAUUACACACUGCAAGAGGAUGGAGCUGCCACCUCGACCAAAACUCUUUGACUUCCAUGGAGUCUCCAUGACCAACUACUUCACCGGCAACUGGGACAAUGUACAGAACUUCCAGGCCAGACCAGAUGACAUUCUCAUCGCUACCUACCCCAAAGCAGGAACCACAUGGGUCUCCUACAUUCUAGACCUGCUGUAUUAUGUCCAGACAGCCCCUGAGCGUCAGAGACCCAUCUUUGAGAAAGUUCCUUUUCUGGAGUUGCUCAUUCCUCUUUACCCUCCAGGGGUGGAGGUGCUGGACAAAUUAACCACCUCUCCUCGGCUCAUCAAGAGUCACCUCCCAGUCCAGUUGCUGCCCAAGUCCUUCUGGGAGCAGAACUGCAGGAUAGUGUAUGUGGCCCGUAAUGCCAAGGACAGUGCUGUGUCUUAUUUCCACUUUGACCGCAUGAACAGGACACAGCCAGAGCCAGGAGACUGGAACAACUUCUUACAGAGAUUCAUGGAUGGAAAGAUGGUGUUUGGUUCAUGGUACGACCAUGUGACUGGCUGGUGGGAGAAGAAACAGACUCACUCAAAAAUCCUCUACCUCUUCUAUGAGGACAUGGUUGAGGAUACGGGGAGAGAGCUGGACAGGCUGUGCUCCUACCUAGGUUUGUCUCCUUCAGCAGAGGAAAAGGAGAGGGUGAGAGGAGUAGUGCAGUUUGAUAAUAUGAAGAAGAACAGCAUGGCCAACUAUUCCACCCUCCCAAUCAUGGAUUUCAAGAUCUCUCCAUUCAUGCGAAAAGGAAAGGUUGGUGACUGGAAGAACCAUUUCACUGUAGCCCAGAAUGAACAGUUUGAUGAAGACUAUAAGAUGAAGAACACCACCGUACAGUUCCGCACUGUAGUCUAGGGGUUGUGGUCAAGUUGAUUGUCUGAUUGUUUGCGGUCAGGUUGAUUUAUUGUUUAUUUGGCGCAUAUGGACCUACGAUAGGCUCGGCUGGGAGAAUAGAAUGGAGAAGAGCAUUAUUAAGCAUCAAACAUUGUUUUAUGCUGUUUCAAAAAUAUACAUACUUUGAAACUAACAAUUCCUAUUUGUAUACUGUAUACAGUACGACUAAACGUAAUACAUUAA